AUGCCUCACUUCUAUCCUUCGAUCUCCCCAGAACUCCGCGACUGGGCUCUCCGCCAGAGCGUCUUCUUCGUGGCCUCGGCCCCACUGCGCGGCAAACAUGUCAAUCUCUCGCCAAAGGGCCUGCCCGAUGCUUCGUUCGCCAUCCUCAGCCCAAACGAAGCAGCGUAUAUCGAUGCAACGGGGUCUGGCAGCGAGACCAUUUCCCAUCUGAGAGAAAACGGUCGGAUCACGGUUCUGUUCUGCUCCUUCGAUGCUGCCCCACGCAUCUUGCGCUUCUUCUGUAAUGGCUCGGUGAUCGAGUGGGAUCAGCCCGAGUUCCCGAAUUACUUGGAACGCAUGGGAAACAAGAAGGUCCUCGGGGCGCGUGCUAUUAUACGUUUGGAUGUUUACAAGGUCCAAACCUCCUGCGGGUACGGGGUCCCGCAACUGGCCCUCGCACUCGACCCGGAGACUCACGAGCCCAAACCGUACCUCAAAGACCGCGAGACUCUGGUCCACUCUGUCAGAAACAAGGUCGAGAAGAACCAGCUCCGCUCGUAUCAGCAGCAGUGGAAUGUGCGCAGCUUGGAUGGGUUGCCGGGGCUCUGGUCUGCAAUCAAGGACAAUGGGCGGUCCGUGUGGGUGGGCCGAGCGCGGAACUGGUUGCGGCACCAUGGAGAGGAAAUUGAGAUGGUGAAGACGUCGUUGCUGUGUUUGUUCUUUGCUAUGACUGUUCUUCGCUAUAUGGGAGUCAGCGGCUGGCUAUCUCUCUACGAUUCCUACCUCAGCUUUGAAGCAGGGCUGAUGCAACACAUGAAGAACGUAGGGGUCGGUUACGCCGUUUUUCUUGAGGCUUAG